UGUAGACAAGAAAAACAUUUGCGAUGCGAUUGCGAUUGGAUUGCGAUAUUUUUGCGAUGCGGAUGCGAUCGCAACGCUGACGCGCGGGGGUCACGAUUAAUUCUGUGAAUUGAAUCUAUCUCUGUGAAGUGAAACCAAGCGAAGUUCCCGUAGGCUGUAUUCUGUAAUGCCAUUGGUAGCACAUUCUCUCUUUAUUUGUACUUAUCACGGCCUGGCACGCCCGCCCACGUUACAUGCCACAAAGUCACCAAGCUGCGAAGAACAAGGUUUUCAGCUCAAACCAAUCUGAAUCGUAUCUGAAUCUGCUCAAGAUCGUGACCUGAUAAAGAUAAAUUAAUUAACUCUUGUAUAUUUAUUUAUUAUAAUCAAUGGUGAGCAUUCUUUGCAGGGCAUGAGCUAAACAGCAUUGUUCAGCAUGUCGUUCUUUAAGAACCUGAAAAGCUUGUUCUCCGUCGGCGGUGAGACGAAUGCAUCCAAACGUCGGAGGGCGCUCAGCAAUGUCAAGGUGGAUGCCAACCCGGAGGAAUUCUGGGAGCUGCAGGGUGAAGUGGGCGAUGGAGCCUUCGGUAAAGUCUAUAAGGCGGUCCACCGGAUGUCCGGGCUGGUGUCUGCCGCCAAGGUGUGCGAAAUGUCCGAGGACGACGAGCUCGACAACUUCAUGGUGGAGAUCGACAUCCUCACGGAGAUGCAGCACAAGAACGUGGUCCGACUCAUCGACGCCUACCUGAUGAAGAAGCAGCUGUGGAUGCUGCUGGAGUUUUGUGACGGCGGUGCCGUCGACUCGAUCAUGGUCGAGCUGGACCGCGGCCUGAAGGAGCCCCAGAUCGCCUACAUCACGCGUGGUAUGGUGGAGGGACUCCAGUACCUGCACCAGCACAAGGUGGUUCACAGGGACAUCAAGGCCGGAAACGUGCUGCUUACUACAGACGGCGGCGUCAAACUCACUGAUUUUGGUGUAUCCGCCAAGAACAAGCACACAAUGCAGAAGCAUACGACGUUCAUCGGCACUCCCUACUGGAUGGCGCCGGAGGUGAUCGUAUGUGAAACGUCGCCAACCGACACGUACGACUACAAGUCUGACAUCUGGUCACUGGGCAUCACCAUGAUCGAGUUCGCUCAAAAGGAGCCUCCGUACAACGAGCUGAACCCGGUGCGGGCCAUGCUGCGGAUACAGAAGCACGAUCCUCCCACCCUGGACCGGCCGAGCCAGUGGAGCCGAGAGUUCAACGCCUUCAUCGCCGCCUGCCUGAAAAAGGAGCCCGAGAAACGAGCAGACACCGGCCAGCUUCUCGAGCUACCGUUUAUCAACCGGACCCUGGACAACAAACCGAUCCGAGAACUGCUGCUCGAGUACAAGGCCGAUGUGGACGAGGGCUUCGAGGAUGCCGUCGAAGACCAGGAGAGCAGCCGCGUCUCUCGGAUGAGCGACUCGGACGCUCUGACGGCUCCCUCCGAGGCAGACGAGGAGAGUAUCGUAAACGGGGAGGCCGCCAGCACGGCACAGGCUGAGGACAAGGCGGCCGAGAAAUCUACACCUCCAGAAGAUCGUCCCAAGUCAGAAUCCACCCCUGUUCCGAACGGCGAGGCCGUGUCCCCGGCGAAAGAGCCAUCUCCCCAGCCCACCUCACCGUCAGCCACCACCACGCCCAGUAAACCAGCACCGGCUCCGCCGCCUCCGGCCACGCCCACCAAGGAGACCACGCCCCCUCAGACCUCCACACCAGCGGCCAAGCCGGCGUCACCAGCGGAGCCGGCACCGUCACCAGCCGCUCCCUCACCAGUGGUUUCUACACCAGUGGUUUCUACACCAGCGGCCGAGCCUGUGUCGCCAGUGGUCCCAUCACAACCAUCCGAACCUGCCAAACCAACACUUGACGACCUACCACCCCCACCUCCUCCACCACCCUCUGAUCCGGACGACGGACCUCCCUCGCUCCGGCACGCCGACCAGAGACCCCUGGUGGCUGCCGAGCCGGUGGUGGUACAGACUUUCGGCAGCGAUGAUGGUGGAACGACGAGGGUUAUCCUUGGAGGUGGAGGAGCGGAUCCGCCCUCGGCCAUGGGAGAUGGCACCGCCAGAGUGCAGAUUGUUACCUCGGGAACAGCAGCCUCACCGGAGCGCCGCCUGGCGCCGCGGCCGCCGUCCGUCCCGCCUGCCGCCGGGACCGCCGCGCCGCCGCCGGCCCGGCCCGGCGUGCUGGUCCUCAGCACAGGACAGCCGUUCACGGGACCGACCACAGCGCGGGCUGCGGCGCCUGUGCCGCCGCCCAAACCAUCCCCGUCGCGGUCACCCGCCUCCCCGCCUGCGCCGCCGCCGCCGCCGCCGCCGCCUCCCGCCGACACCUCCGAGCCCACACUGCGUCUGGACGACAGUGAGGUGGUGAUCGGGGGAGGAAGCAUCGUGUCAGCGCCGCCGCCGGGGCCCGACCCCGGCUCGCGGUUCCAGCUGACCCUGGAGGAGCGGGCCGAGUCGCCGCCGCUGCCGCCGCCGCCGCCCACACCGCCGCGGGUGUCUGUUGGGGGAACGGCAGUCGAGGAGGGAGCCGCGCAUGUGUCCGUCAUCCAGGUAGAACCGGAAGAGGAGGAGGAGGAGGAUUCAGGCACGGCCAACUCCUUAUCUAUCAUGCUGGAGGGCACGACGAUGGGCAGCUCGGACGUCGAUCAGAUGGGAGAGGAUGACGUCUUCACGCCCGGAAAGGGAGCUGCGCCCGUCCCGUCCAGCACCAGUACCCCGGCCAGUGCGCGCGGCACGGUCUCCCCGCCGGUUGGGAACGGUGGGCCAGCGCCACCCCCGCCGCCGCCACCGCCGCCACCCCCGCCGGCUCAGACAGCUCAGAAGGCUCAGACGCCAGAGAAGGCGGCUCAGACGCCGGAGAGGGCGGCUCAGACGCCAGAGAAGGCGGCUCAGACGCCGGAGAAGGCGGCUCAGACGCCGGAGAAGGCGGGGACGCCAGAGGAGCAGGACGAUGAGCCGGUGGUGUACAGGAAAAAGCGGCCGGCGCCGCCGCCAUCACAGGACUCUUCCAACUCAUCGAGUGGCGGCAGUCAGUCGCGCUCGUCCACUCUCAGCCGCUCCAAGGAGGAGCUGGAGGCGUCACGGCUGCGCAAGAAAACUCGCAACCGCACGCGGCGCUUCGAGAUCGACGGCGUUGUCAUGACAACCACGACGAAGAAGGUGUUCUACGGGGAUGAACCGCUGAUUGACGAGCACGCGCUGCGGAAGGCCGAGCUCAGGGAGCUGAAACUGCUGCAGAAACAGGAGCAGAAACAGAUCAGGGAGAUGCAUGACAAGUCUCAGUUGGCGCUGGACCAGCAGGCGCGCCGGUUCGAGCAGGAGCGACAGCAGCUGCUCCGUCAGCACGACGCCGAGCUGGAGGCGGCGCAGCGGCAGCAUAAGGCUCAGCUGGAGCGCUGUGAGCAGCAGCAGGAACAGGAGAAGCGCAGCGUCAGCAAGAAACUGCGGGCCGAACAGGAGAAGGAGCUGAAACAGUUCCGUGAAGGCCUCCGUGCCGAGGCACGUCUGCUCAAACAGGACGUGGAGCGACUGCCGCGCGCAGAGAGAAAGGAGGCACUGCGAGCCGGCAAGGAGAGACUGGAGACCGAACAUCAGGAGAAGGAGCGUCAGUUUAUCGACCAGCUGAACGAGACUCACGAGGCGGCUCUGCAGCGGCUGGGGGAGCAGCACCGCGCCAGCACCGCACAGCUCGAGAAACAGUGCCUCGAGGAGAAACAGAGGCUGCUGCGGGCGAGGGAGUCUGCCCUCUGGGAACUGGAGGAGCGUCACAUCCAGGAGCGGUUCCAGCUCACCAAACAGCAGGUCAAGGAGGUGUUCUUCCUGCAGCGACACCAGAUGCUGGCGCGUCACAACAAAGAGAUGGAGCACGUGCGGCGGAUGGGCGACCGUCGAAUGGACGAGCUGCGCCGGCAGCAGGCUGUCGAAAAGCGCGCCAUGCCCAAACGCAUCCGCGCCGAGCGAAAAACGCGCGAGCUCAUGUUCCGCGAGAGUCUGCGCAUUGGCGCGCCGCGCAGCAGCAUCGCUGACGUGGAGACCAACGGCCGCGACCCGGUCAAGGCGUUCCAGGACCAGGAGGAGAAACGGUACAAAGCGGAGCAUAAACGGUUCGAGCUCAAACAGAAGAGGAAACAAGAAGAGCUGAAGGCCGUCAGCGAGGCAGCCAUGAAGGAGUUGGAACAGGUCCACAAUGAGAAACGGCGCAUGCUCAUGGACCAUGAGAACACGAAGCUGCGCUCUGCCGAGGAGGCUCAUCAGGCAGAAAUGAAGCAGUGGAGGCAGGAGCUCAAACCGCGCAAGCAGAAACUGGAGGAGGCUUUCGCGGCCGAACUGGAAGAACGGGAACGCUUCUACGCCGACCCAUCGGCCGGUGACCGGCUGACCUGCACACCGCUGGCCGACGGAACGGCCAGCGUGAGUCGCGCUAGCACGGGCAGCGCUGGUCGCAGCUCGGCCAGCGGGGGGAGCGUCGGCCGGGCCAGCGUCACCAGCGGGCGGUCGCACUGAGACUGAGCGUGGACAGGGGUAGGAUGUGGGAUGUAGACGAUGAAAGUGGGGAUCGCAAGGACGUCGGGAGACGAAGAUAGGUGUGUUAGAACACCAAUCUGGUGCUCAAGGAAGAAGGAAGAGACGCUCCAGCGUCCGAAAGAUAUACUGAAGACAUUCUGAAGGGCCGUUGUGGCUUAUCGAAGCUUAAGGCGUCUGAAAGAGACGUCAAUUGAAGAUGAUAUCGUAUAUUCGAUGUGCCAUGAGCUGCAGGGGACACUAGAGCUGAUAUGGGGAGUAAUUUGGGUGUGAAUUAGUGCCAAGUUUGUCGAUACCGGUGGUGGUGUGCGAUAUUGAGUGAGCGGUGGUGAGUUCAGUGAGAAGAGCUGGUCCAAUUUCUGCAGGCAGUAUCGAGUACGGUGCGCAAGUAUAAAAGGGAGAGAGAUCGGCGUCGAAUCGUCCAAGCCAUGCAGUAUGUGGACAAGACUUCCGCGUAUGCGGGAUAACGAUCACUGGCGCUGGAUCGAAAGUCGCGAAUCGAGUUCAAAUAGUCACCAUAGUGGUAUAUAUUUCGUGAGUGAGUGAGUGGGUCCGGGAGUGCGCGGUGGACUAUGUUGCGGGGAACUAUUCGUGCUAAGUGAGCGAGUGAUUGAGUGAGUGAGUGGGGAGUUCAGUCCCCAGCGGUGCUUCGCUGCUCGCGCGGACAGAGCUGGACUGCCGCUCGCAGGCGACUCCCCGGACCGCGGGGUCUGCGGCGGUCUGCGUGCCGCGCCGCGCUGGGGUGAUGGCUCUAGUCGAAGGCCGGCGGUGCGGGCAGAUCCCGCCACUGGUGGCUCUAGUCGGGUACCUAUUCCGGGCGGCUGGGAGGGCGCUCAGACGCCGCCCCCGCCCCCGCCCCCGCCGCCGCCCGGCGCUCUGCCCACGGCGGCGGCGGCGGCGGCUCCGUGCCAUGGCUGAAGGCCGGCUGUGACCUGACCUUACGAUGAAAGGCACGAGCUUCGCGCUGCCGCUGCGAUAGUGGCGCCUCUACCGGCAGCGGCGCGCAACUGGCAAUCAACCCAUGAAGACGGUGCUUUUUCCGGAAUCGAGCCAUAUAUCGCAUAUAUCGCGCCUGCAAUAGCAAGAGUGAUUGUCUCAGUGAUAUCGGCGCGUAUUUAGAUAAUUUUUAGUGCUUGUGAUACGCUGUGUCAUGAACGCAUUUACAUAAACUUAUUUCUAGGCGAAUACGAUAGCGGAUCUGUAUCCCAAUGGGUGAUUACCGUAAACGAAUGGACCCGUAGCUUUAGCUUUAGCUCGGCUUGCAUCGAUGCGUGGAGUACCUUGAUGCCGUGCCCCGGGCAUUCUGCAUAAGCCAUAUGCGAGCACACCUACAUGUGUGUAUGUAUGCAUGUAUAUCUUGGCGAUGGGGUCGCCUUAUUGACACUUGUCAGCUCACUCCGGUGUCUUCCGGCCGGCGGAGCCGCGCCGUCGACGACGCCGUUUCAUAAUAAAGACUGCUGGUCGCUCUGUGA